UGUUUGGCAGCUGUAUUUUGCAUGUGGUUUUAUCAAUAAAAGUCUAUAAAUAUACUACACAUAGAUUGUGCAAUGUAACAUAAGCUUGAAUCAAAAUGUUCCUAAAGUAUUUCACAAGUAAAUAUUGAUCAGGAAUCGAUCAAAUAAAGCGCCCUUGAUCGUGAGAAAGGAGAGUAUUUAAUAUUAUGAAAAAAGAAAUUUUUUACGCCCAGUUAAAUAAUCCGCAAAGAGGUAUUACUGGUGUUGUGUCCAGAACAAGCAAUCGGCAUAAAGAUACUAGAAUGAGAAAGUAUUAUCAAACUGCUUUGUUAAUUACAGCUGUAGUAAGUUUAGUGUCAUUAUUGUUCUAUCGACACGAAUACAACAGGCUACGAUAUGUAUUAGAAGUAUUCAAUUACUUUGGCAAACCAAGUCAGGAAGGGAUUAAAAUUAAUUGUCCUAAAGAAAGUUCUGAAGUUAAAAAAAUUCAAAUAGGAUUAAAUGAGCCUUUUUCAGCUUGGCAAAGACUGGAUGAUGAUUUGUUUGUUUACUCGUCAUAUAUAACAAAUAAUAGAAAAGUUCAAACAAUUAGUUAUGGAAAGCUGAAUAACCCAAAUUUAGAUUGCAACAUAUUUUUUGACGAUUUAUUGACUCCAAUUCCUGGAAUAUUUUCUUUCUCUAUUUUAGGAAAUACUAGUGACAUUCCAGGUCAUACUGCUUAUAGAGGGUAUAUCUUAAUUUGUGAAUAUACCGAACCUAUGACUCCUGUUGGUGUAACAUACCAACCUAGAGAUCAAGUAUUAUUUAAUUCCAACAGUCCAAUAUUAUCAGUGAAAAGUCAACCAAAAUUAUUGAAAUACGAUGGCAGUGCAUUGUGUGUUGCUCCACCGUUGAAUAUGCCAAUGUCUCGAGCUGACAUGAUAAGUUUUCUCAACUUUCAUGAGCUAGUUGGAAUGAGUCAUUUUGUGAUUUAUGAUUAUGGUAUCCCAAAUGUAUUUCAUAAAGCAUUAAAAAAUAUGGCACAAGAUUCAAAUCCUCAGUGGAAUUUUACUUAUGAAGUGAUACCUUGGAAUUUUCCAAUAAGAGAGAUACAUUCAAAUGUGAUAAAGAAUAUUAUUGAAACUGAUUGUUUAUAUCGCACAUUUAACAAAGUUAUGUAUGCUGCUACAAUAUCAUGGGAAGAAUAUAUUGUCUUGAAAUACCAUCAUGUAGUUUCAGAUUUAUUGGUGGACUUUGAGAAAACUAAAAUAUUUGGAAACCGCUACAUCAUUCAAACUCAAACAUUUUGUACUCAACAAAAGGAUGACAAAAGAUCAACCAACUCUACUCCGAUAAUUUUAAAAAAAAUAUAUACAUCACCCAAUGCACUUGAUGCAAAUUCCAUAUACAUUUAUAAGCCACAUGAAUCAGUCAAUGUAAAACAUAUUCAAACACUCAAAACAGCAUCUAAUUUGAUUGUUGCUAAUCGUUAUGUAUCUUGUAACGAUUACAAUGUGAAUAACCCUGAAUCAAAUAAAUACGAAAAAUCAAUUUUAAGAUUUGCUGGAGAUUUGCAAAAUUCACCAAUUUUCAGGAGAUUCAUUGCAGGAAAAAUGUUUGAUAUUGAAUAACAGCCAUAAUUUUUGACAUAAAUAAAAGUUUUCAAAUUGUAAGGACCAUUGUUCAAAAUGUGAUAAGCAUGUUUAGAAUUUACUAUCUUUCACAUUCUUCAACGCAAAGUUACAAAACAGUAAUCAGAUUAUUACAGAUCGUAGUAAUAUCAUGUAGAAGACUGUUAAUAUUAAGUUUAUAUCCUUGUUUAUUAAAAGUCAUUAAUUUCAAUUUCUCACUAGUAACUAAAAGCUGUCCAAUCUGAUUUGAAAAACCACUAAAACUCAGAUUAUUGAAUUGAAGCAACAAUUUUUAUAAUAAUACUGUAUAAGAAAUUAAGGACUGCCACUGUUAAUUGUAUUUUUCACAUUGUGUGUUUGUACAUUUUUAUAAAAAUUAAUUAAUUAAAAAAUAUAAUAGAAUAUUU